AUGCUGCGACUCCUCCGCCCCCGCCCUCUCCGCCCUAACGGGCUUCUUGCUGCGUCACGGGUCUCCGUGCGCCCAAUCAGCACCGACAGCUCCUACGUCACCCCGCUCCUGCUCGAUAAUGCUCCGCACACCACGGCCAAGACCUUUGCGGUGCACAACCCCGCCUCGCCCAGCAGCGUCCUCUGGCGGGCCUCGGCGGCGUCGCUGAAGGACGUUGAGCGCGUGACCGCCUCUGCGGCGGCCGCGUUCCCCGUCUGGUCGGGAAAGAAGCUGGUGGAGCGGCGGGACCUGCUCUUCAAGUUUGCAGACAUCCUGGAGCGCCGCGGUGGCGAGCUGACGGAGUGUAUGUGCACCGAGACGGCGGCGCAGGAGCCGUGGGCGAAGUUUAAUAUCUUUACGAGUGUGGGCUUUGUGAAGGAGGUGGCGGGGAAGCUGACGAGCAUUGAGGGGCGGCUGCCGGAGAGUGCGGAUGAAGGGCGCACGGCGAUGGUGUAUAGGGAGCCGUAUGGCGUUGUGCUGGCAAUUGCGCCUUGGAAUGCGCCCAUUAUCCUCGCCAUGCGCGGCAUCCUCUUCCCUCUCGCCGCCGGCAACACCGUGAUCUUCAAGUCCUCCGAGCUCUCACCACGCACGCACUACCUCCUGGCGUCCAUGUUUGUCGAAGCCGGGCUUCCCCCGGGAGCUCUAAACGUCAUUGGCAGUACGCGCGAGGACGGGCCCGAGAUCACGAAUUCGCUGAUUGCGCAGCGCGACGUGCGCAAGAUCAACUUCACGGGGAGCACUGCGGUCGGGCGCAAGAUUGCCGCAAAGGCCGGGGAGCACCUGAAGCCGGUGAUGCUGGAGCUGGGCGGGAAGGCGCCGUUUAUCGUGUUUGAGGACGCGGAUGUGGAGAAGGCGGCGGAGGCGGCGGUGUUUGCGGGGUAUCUGCACGCUGGCCAAAUCUGCAUGGCCACCGAAAACGUCAUCGUCCACACCUCCCUCCUCGAUCGCUUCUCAGCAGCACUCUCAAAAGCCGCCCGCGCCUUCCCAAGCAACCAGCCCUUCGUGCUCGCCGGUGCCCACGCGAAAGUGUCAGCCCUCGUCGCCUCGGCCGUCCAGCAGGGCGCCACAAUCGUCGACGCUGAGCACCACGCAACUAGCAUCGCUGCCAACCCGGGAACAUACCCCAACACGGUGCUCCGCGGCGUCACAAAGGACAUGGACAUAUACAGCACGGAGAGCUUUGGGCCGGUGGUCAGUCUCAUUGCGUUUGAGACUGAGGAGGAGGCGGUGGCCCUGGCGAAUGGCACGGAGUAUGGGCUGCAUUCAGCGCUGUGGUCGAGGGAUAUUGGGAGGGCGUUGAGGGUCGCGAGGAGGAUCGAGGCGGGGGCCGUGCAUAUCAAUGGCAUGACAGUCCACGACGAACCGCAUCUCCCGCAUGGCGGGCGCAAGGAGAGCGGGUUUGGGAGGUUUGGGGGGAGUUAUGGGCUGGAUGAGUUUUUGGCGACAAAGACGGUUACGUUUAUGGCUUGA